AUGAGGGACAUUGGAGAAAGAAUUGGUAUUACUGUUGUUCGUUACGACCACUCUGAACCGCAGUACGGCAAAGAUAUUUGUGACCGCAUUUUAUGCCACCUCAAAGGGACUAUUCGACGUUACUGCCACGAAGGCAACGACAUCUUGACAGCUGCGGACAUGUACCAAGCGCUCAAGGAACGAUCUAUCGCAGCUUCUACAGCGGGCGUGUUUUGUCUUAAUCAGAAGAAUAGGGACUUGCAAGUCAAGAAUAUCAAUGCAUUUGGCAGUCUCCAUAAUUUUCGAUAUGAAACGAAGGGCCUUAGAGUUUGGAAGGCGUUUGGAAUAGGACCAGGGAAGAUCAUUCCAUGGCACGCCAUUUAUAUUCACCACCAAAGUCCAACUGAGCUAACUAUCGAUGGCAAGAAAGAAUUCUUCCUCACCACUGCCAAAGUUGUGAAAUCUUCAGCCAAUACAAAACCUGACGAACAACCAAAUAAGGACAACGAAGAUGUGCUGUUAUUCGAGUGCCAAGAAGUCGGAUGUGAACAAAGCUUUGAAAACCUCAACGAUUUAGAAGUGCACAUUUCCCUUGAGAAGCACAACACCACGAAAGAAAAUAUUUAUGACUCUCUUAGGCGGGAAUGGGUUAGUCAGUUUAACUCCAUCAGAAUUGAAGAACAAUCAACACCGGAAGAUAAAGAAAAGAGUCCGGAAAUCCCAAACAAGUUUGGAGAAAGGGUGGGCUUUACAUCAGGUAAGCACACGAAAGCGUUUUAG